AUGUAAUUAAAUGAACCUAAAGCUAUUUUGUUUAACAAAUUGUAUGAGAAAGAUGUUUGCAUUAGAUGUAUAUUGAGAUUGUUCAAAAUUACAGAGAAUAACUUAUAUAGAGAAACAUAAGGAUUCAUUUAAUUGUUAGUUGAUAUAGGAAAAUUGAUUGGAAAUGAAAAUGUAAAUGAUUAUUUUAAUAAAAAAAGAAAUUAGUAGAAGAGUAUGAUUUCUUAUACUAUAAAAGAAAGUCAGAAAUUAUAGAUUAUGAUAUAUUGCCUUAAACUUGUCAUUCUACAUUGAAGGAUUAAUUCAUUAAAAAUCCAUUUCAUACCUUUGAUAAAAUUAAUAAAUGUUUAAUUUGUCAUGGAAUAUUAUAAUGUUUGGAUGAUUAAAAAUUCUUAGCAAUAUUAGUUAAUGAGAUAUAUCAAAGAUAAUAUUAAUAUGAGGCAUUUAAAUUUUAAGUGAAAACACCUAUUGGUUGCUAAAUCAGAUAAAUAAUGAUUUUGAAUUAAUGUAUAACAGAGAUUGGUUUAAAUGAUCCAUUUUAUGAAUAGAUUAUAACUCCUAAUUUUGCAAUAGACAUUAAGAAUUGUGUAAAAUGGAUAAUGUGUAGUCUUUUAAGUGAAUAAUUAAAAGUACCUUGUGAUAUAAAUGAUGAUAGAUUUUAAAUUUGUUUAAAUUUUGAGAAUAUUGGAGAUGAUGUUAAAUAAUUUGAAUAAUUUAAAUAAAUAAUUUAAGAUAUUGAUGAUAAAAUGUGGGAGGAGAAAAUUGCUAAGAAAGUACGAUUAUAUUAUAAAAAAGUUAAAAAUGAAUGAUCCUUAAUUAAAGGAAGAAAUUAAUAAUAAAUUAUUAUAAAAGAAAAAUCUAUAAUCUUAACCUUUCUUACCUACUCAAAAUAAUUUAGAGAAAAUAUCUAAAUUAAAUUAAACUUAAUUAUCUUAAUUUAAAAUAAUUAAUGUUAAUUAUCCAGUUAAAUUAGAAGUGACAACUAGUUAUUAGAAUAUAUUUAUUAAAGGAAAUUACAUCAAAUUAGGUAGAUAUAUUAGCUAAACUCCAUGGUUUAUAAAUGGAAAUAGAAUAUAUGCAGAUUCUAUUGAAGAUUUAGUGAGUGCAGAGGCAUGCAAGAUCUUUAAACCUUCAAGUUUAAAGUUUCAUUCUGGAGGAAGGGAAGAUAUAGAUGUUAGAAUGUUAGGGAAUGGUAGACCGUUUGCAAUUGAAUUAGUUGAUCCUCAUUGUGGAUUGUAGAUUUAGACCUAAGAAAUUCUUAAUUAAAUAGAAUCUAAUAUAAAUUCAUAAAAAGUAGUAAAAGUAACUCCAUUAUAAUAUACUGAUACAAAUAUAUUUGAAGAAUUAAAGAAUUCUGAAAUUAAUAAAGUUAAAGCUUAUUGUUGUAUAGUUGAAUGUAAAAAUAUAGUAAAUGGAGAUCUUAUCUAAUAAGCAAAUUAAAUAAAGGAUUUAAUCAUUAAAUAGAAAACACCAAUUAGAGUACUUCAUAGAAGAACUUAAAUGGUGAGAGAUAAGAUUAUCCAUUCAUUAUUGAUCAAAUAAAUUAAUGAAAAAUGGCUUUUGGUUUAUGUACUUAGUAGUGCAGGUACUUACAUUAAGGAAUUUAUUCAUUCAGAUUUAGAUAGAACUGUUCCAAAUUUAUGUACAUUAUUAUAAAAUGAAUGUGAUAUUUAUUAAUUAGAUGUUAUGAAAUUGUAUGAAAAGAUUGAUGAAGAUGUUAUUAUUAAUUUUAAAAAUUUAGAUACAGAAUAUGGAAGUAAAAUUUGA